GUGCGCGGUUCCGCUCCUGCGGCGGGCCCGGCCCGGGAGCCCCCGGCCGCGGGGUGAGGCCGCUUUGCGGCGGGAGCGGGUUUUCCGGUGCUCGCGGUUUGCGAGAGGGGGCCGGGCUGGAUCUCCGCCUGCAGGCGCACCCACGUGUCGCAGGCUGUUCGGCGGAGGGAGCCUGAAACUUUCGGGUUCCUUCCUGUUUAUAAGGGGAUUUUUGUAGCGAGGCAAUAAAGUUUCCAGCUUGUGAGGGAAGAAGUGGCGGCCUAUUGGGAAGCAUGGCUGCUAAGAAACUAAGAAGAGCACAGUUAUCUCAGGAAAUGUGUGAAAGGCUGAGUCGCUAUCAGAUCACUACCUGUCAGGACUUCUUGUGUCUUUCUCUUUUGGAGCUAAUGAAAGUGACAGGACAGAGCUACUAUGAGGUGCAGAAGCUUCUUUGUAAAGUCAGCAGAGCUUGUGCUCCCAAAAUGCAGACAGCGUAUGAAAUGAAAUUAAGAAAGUCUGCAAAUCCUUCUUCAGCCUUUUUAUCCACCACACUUCAUAGUUUGGAUAGAGUCCUGCAUGGUGGUGUGCCUUGUGGAUCCCUCACAGAGAUAACUAGCCCACCAGGUUGUGGCAAAACUCAAUUUUGUAUUAUGUUGAGUGUUCUGGCUACACUACCUGUAAGCAUGGGAGGACUAGAUGCAGCGGUUAUAUAUAUUGACACAGAGUCAGCAUUCAGUGCUGAAAGGCUGAUUGAGAUAGCAGCAAACAGAUUCCCUGCUUACUUUGACUCAGAUGAAAAGCUGCUCUGCAUGACCCGCAACAUCCACCUGUACCGAGAGCUGACCUGUUGCAGUGUACUGAAGAGGAUUAUGUCUUUGGAAGAAGAAAUUAUUUCGAAGAAAGUUAAACUUAUAAUAAUUGACUCUGUUGCUUCAGUUGUCAGAAAGGAGUUUGAUACAAAACUCCAGGGAAAUCUGGCAGAGAGAAGUAACUUUUUGACUAGAGGAGCAUCAGUGUUGAAGUAUUUGGCAGAGGAAUUCUCAAUACCAGUUAUCUUGACAAAUCAGAUUACCACAGCGCUGAGCAGUGGCCCUGGGAUCCGGGCAGACCUGGUGUCUCCAGCUGAUGAUUUGUCCCUGUCUGAAGGACCUUCUGUGAGUGGGAAGAGGGAUUCUGGCUGUGUGACAGCAGCCCUUGGCAACACGUGGAGUCACAGUGUCAACACCAGGCUCAUACUACAGUACCAUGACUUGCCAACAAGACAGCUCCUGGUUGCUAAAUCCCCUGUUGCUCCAUUCUCCACUUUUUUCUACACCAUUGAGAAAUCGGGCUUGGUUCUACAGGACCGAAAGGAUCAAGCAAAUGUAGUUUGGGAAGGAACAAAUCCUGCCCUACAGCCCAUACGAGUGAGGAACACUGCCUUGAAAGAUACUUCACAUGAUGCUGCUUUACCCAGCACUACUGGUGAGACUUCAAGAAAUGCAUCAAAUCUGUAGAAAGGACAAAUGAAACUUCCCCAAAUACUUCAAUGAUCGAGAACAUUGGUUUUCAAAAAUCUGGUGAAGCAGAUUUUCUUGAGCAUUCUUCUUUUGUCCCUUCAAAGACUAACUUUAAAACCAAGUGCUGUUCUUUGUCUGUGUGGGGCCACACUUAACUCUGAACUUAUGGAAAAUCUGUCUUUUGCUUAGGUUAAUUUAAGUGACUUAAAAAUAAAAGCCUCUGAACAACAAACA